AUGGGCGAUGGUGACGCGGACCUCGACUACGACUACGAGGGUGCAGAUUCGACAUGGAUGACGCACGGACGCUCCCUUACUCCAACGCAUUCUUCCUCGCGUCUGAGCAAGUCAACAUCGGAUGGAAGGCUCUGGCAACCAUCCGUCUCCUGUGCCCGACCGGAUGUCCAGGUUUCUUCACCGGAGGAGAAGUAUCGCAGGUUUGUGGGCAAGAUCCGCGCGAAGCAUCUGCUGCCUCCACGAACGUCGCCUUUUGCCAAGCCACAAGUCCUUGCACCAAUUACUUACAAGGCUGCUGGAGCCUUUGGUGGAAACAAGGCGAAGAAGGUCGCAGCAAGGGCUUUGCCCGCCACUCCUUUCAUGGAGCAGUUGCAUUCGCACUUUCACCACCAUUUCCACUUUCGAAAUAAUCUGCCACCAAUUUCUCAUAGCGUCGACUUUGAGACAGGUGCAAGCACCGACUCGUUUUAG